AUGAGUGAUGACGAAAUGCCCGAGCUAGAAGAUGACAUGGUUCCCAAGACAGAUCAGGAUGACCACGUUGCAAAGCUAGAAGAGAAAGUGAGACAGCUACAGGAGUCUCAAAGCUCACUCCCGUUUGACCUCUCGAUCUAUGAGAAGGUUAAAAUGCCGAGCAAGUUCAAAAUGCCAGAGUUCGAGAAGUACGACGGGACAUCUUGUCCGAAGUCUCAUUUGCAAAUGUUCUCUACCAAGAAGGAGAAGGAAGCGGCCGUGGAUGUAAAUGUGGCUUAUAGCCAAGAAAGUGCCAAACGUGCCCUGGCUAUACAGGUGAACCCAAGACAACAACAAUCCGCUAGCCGUCAAUCAUUCACCCAAGUGAAUAAUAGAAGGCAGUUCUCCCCUCUCCCUGGGUCUCCAUCCCAAGUACUGACAGUCCUCCGAAAGAAGGAUUUGCUUACUAGUGAACCAAAGUGCCUUAACCGUGAAGGCAUUCGUGGUUACAACCCGACGAAGAAGUGUGACUACCAUAAUGGUGAACUGGGGCAUUCAACUGAUAAAUGUUUCACCCUCAAGCACAAGAUCCAGAAUCUCUUAGAUACAAAGGCCUUUUCAUUUCAAACUGCUCGGCCGAACGUUCAAAAAAAUCCGCUACCAAAGCAUGAGGGUACAGUGAAUGCCAUCCUGGAACUUGAAGUCGGACGGAUCAGGAACUCAAAGGUGCACGUGGCAGAUGCCUACAACAGGCUAGUGAGAGCUAGGUAUUACCGAGGUCAGGAAGACGUCCCUCUAUCGGUGAUGAGAGAAAGAGUUGCCAAAAUGGUGGAUGAUGGCAUCAUUGUGUAUGCUGAUCAUAACUGUAUAGUUUCUACUAUCUCCCACCUCAUCAUCGAUUGGGAGGAGGAGCAGGCUACACUUGAUGAUGACAAGAAAGAGGUUGAUCCUUCGCUUGAAGACAUGCCCCCAUUAGAGGAUGCAUUUGACGAAGAGAUAGUGAUAGAGGUGCCUCAGUCGUAUGAGUAUGUCAAUAAUAAGGCAGUGCCUUGGUCCUAUGACUUGGAUGUGGACCUUGUUACAAGGUCUGGACGGACUUAUGGUCAAGCCAUUACUCAACCUGCAAAGCCGGUCACCGAUGAAGAGGCUAAGGAGUUUCUGGCCGUAAUCAAAGCAAGCGAGUAUAACGUGGUUGACCAACUACGAAAGAUGCCUGCUCAGAUCUCCCUACUCGAGCUCUUGAUGACGUCCCCCGUGCAUCAAAAGUCACUAAUGAAGGUGUUGAGUGAAAUCCGUGUGCCAAAGAUUGUGGAAGCAGACAAGCUGGAAGAAUUCAUGGGAUCGGUCCUUCUCAAGGAUUUGAUUGCCUUCUCUGAUGAGGAAUUCCCUCUCGAAGGCAGGGGACAUAACAAAGCACUCUACAUAUCCGUUAAGCACAAGUCUUCUCAUAUGUCCCAAGUGCUCAUCGAUAAUGGGUCCGCUCUGAACAUUUGUCCAUUGGCCACUCUUCACCAUCUUAAGGUAGACCCGUCAAGGAUACAUGCCGCGAAGACUUCGGUGCGAGCUUUCGAUGGAACAAAAAAGGAGGUGAUCGGGGAAAUCCAUCUCGAUGUCCAAAUAGGGCCGGUCGUCUUCAACAUUCCCUUCCAAGUGCUAGACAUCCCUACUGCAUUCAAUUUCUUGCUAGGUCGUCCCUGGAUACACACUGCUGGAGCAGUACCUUCAAGUCUACAUCAAGCUGUGAAAUUUGUGAUCGAAAAGAAGUUGGUCACCGUGUAUGGUGAGGAAGACCACCGGAUCUAUCAUGAGACGGCUAUCCCCUAUGGUUCAUCACCACCUACCCUUGAAGUAUCAGAUACUACUCUCAUGGUGGGAAGAGUAAUGGUUGGGAAUGGCUUUGUCCCUGGCAAUGGUCUUGGGAGAAAUGGUCAGGGCAUUCGAAGCCCCAUUGAAGCCCCUCAAAGGUUCCGUUCUGCUGGUUUAGGGUACCAUGGACAAGGUGGGGGAAGUUCUGAAGGACGAAGACAAGAAAGGCGGAGCUCGCCACCUAACCAAGGGCGAGGGAGGCAAAACCCACUACCCCCGAGCAUUCACGAGACAUUCCCUGGUCCUCCAAGAAUGAUGCAUGAAGAAGCGGAAGUGAUAGACACUUUGGGGCAGCCUAGUGGCAAGUUUGAUUACCUGGUGAAGUAUUCAACCCCUCCUAGCUACUACAUUGAUCCUAGUGAGAUAGUCCCAGAUGGAUGGGGUGGCAUGGAUGAUCCGACACCCCCGAAAGCAGAGAACCCUGAUGAUGAGCUGAUGAGCUGGAAGGAGUUGCAAGCUUAUUCGACAACCUCAUCAUAG